AUGGAUAUUUGUUGUUGGAAUGUUAGAGGAGCUGCGAGCUCCAAAUUUAAGUCUAAUGUGCUUGAUUUGAUUCGCACUCAUCGUUUGGAUAUGCUUUUUCUUUGUGAGCCUCGGAUAAGUGGAGAAAAGGCUAUUUCUGUAGUUAAAACUCUCGGUUUUCCUUGCUUUGAAAUUGUUGACGCUGUGGGGUUUUCCGGGGGUUUGUGGCUGUUAUGGGAUGAUUCUAGAGUUCAUGUAGAAGUUGUUGGCACCUCUGAUCAAACGAUUUCUGCUUGUGUGGCUCGCAAUGGCCAAGACCCUUGGCUUUUUACUGGUGUUUAUGCUAGUCCUAAUGCUGGCAAGCGAGGGAAAAUGUGGGACUAUCUCUCAUUUGUUGCUGCAAGUCAUAAUAUGCCUUGGUUGAUUGCCGGGGAUUUUAAUGAGUUACUUGCUGCUGAUGAGAAGUUUGGUGGAGUUUUAGAGUGCAAAUCUAAAGGUUUUAGAAACUGGGUUGAUGAUAAUGAGAUGAUUGAUUUGGGUUAUUCUGGACCUAAAUUUACAUGGAAUAAUAAGAGAGUCUAUGCAAGGCUAGAUCGAGCUAUUUGUAAUAUGCAAUGGAGAAGGUUAUUUCCUGAGGCUAAUGUUUAG